AUGGAAGUCGAAACUGACUUACUUAUUAGUGAAGUAGAAAAGAGGCCGGCCAUUUGGUUCAUGACGUCAAGUGAAUAUUCGAACAGAACUCUAAAAAGGAAAGCUUGGGAAGAAUUGGUUCUCAUAUUUAGUCAUGUUGAAGAUACGGAAGACAAAAAAAAAAAUUUGGGUAAAUUAGAAUUACAGAAGAAAUGGAAAAGCCUUCGAGAUGGCUACGUCAAGGAACUAAAAAAAAUAAAAAAUGUGAAAUCUGGAUCGGCAGCUCCCGUAAAGUCAUCGUACUUAUUUUUUAGGAGGUUACAAUUUCUGCAACCAACUGUUCACAAAAAUACAACAGAAAGUAACUUUGAAACCGAUUUAAACUACGACGAAAAUACAGAAACUGAAAACCCGGAUCAAGAGACCUGUUUUAAAACUCCAAACAAGGCAGACAAAAAUUCAAAUUAUCAGCAACAAAGAAAAAAAAUUAAGCUCCAUCCAGCGGACGAACAUUUCGCUAAUAUUAUUGAGAAAAGUUUAAAUAGUAGAAAUAUCCUCGAGAAAAAAGAAGAAGAUGAAGAUAAAUUAUUUUGUUUGUCUUUAUACAAAGAAAUAAAAAAAGUACCUUAA